AUGGCAACCGUCCAAACCAGAACCUCGACCAACAACAACUCGCCGCAUCUGAGCGGUAAGAGCAUGACAGCGUCGCCGCGCACCACGAGAACGUCGGCGCAGAAUUCAGAUACCUCCAAGAAAGAGACCUCAUCAACGGUUGAGACUGCUCAAGAACCCACCAUCCCUUCGAUCAAACAGCCCGACGAGGAGGCAUCCACGAACAAUACCAAGGACGGCGCGUCGACCACGACCAAUGCGCCCCUCGCGCCACCUCCCAAACCGAUACAGAACGGCGACAACGACUACUUCGGCGGCCAACACAACCAGGCGCAUCUUACCAAGGAACCAAAUCCAUUCGAAACCGCGUUCGGCAGCUCUUCAUCAGAAACGCCUGGAAAGCCUCAGCUCCCAGGUGUAACGAGCCUCACGUCGCCGGCAUCGCUACUACCCGGCAACACUCCCGGCUGGCCAGGCUCACUGCGAUCCGGUCCACUGAGUCCUGCCAUGCUCACUGGUCCUACUGGAGGAAGCAACGACUACUUCAACAGUGACCAUCACUUCUCCGGAAGCUUCCCAACGCCGAACGAGUCGUCGCUGCGUACUGGACUGACGCCCGGCGGGGGCGGGUCUAUGUUCCCACAGCCAUCACCCAACUCACAAGCACUUUACAACCAACUGCAGAGCGGUGGUGCGACACCUGGUACUUUAGACUUUCAUCGCACUGCUAUGACUGCGCGGGCCGCACAGUCGCAGAACAACUUCACUCUCCCGCAGAACGGCGCAAAGUCUCAGCCCACGUCGAAUCCCAACAUCCAGCCAGACCUUGACAGCAAGCCAUAUCAGGGUGGGAACAACACCAACCAGCAGCAGCAAGAGAAUCAAGACCCGUUCGGCUCACACCAGACGACCGACGCCGCCAACGGGCUGUUUAUGCUUGCGCAAGCCGGUGGUCAGCGGAACGCGCAACAGCAGCAGCAGCAGCAACAAUACCAGCAAGUGCAGCAACAGCAAGCACAGCAGCAGCAGCAGCAUCACCAACAGCAGCAGCAAGGCUACCAACAGGCAGCGCAACAGCAAGACAUGCACCAGCGCAAUCAGAAAGGCAGCGUCGGCAGCAACAUGUCUGGCAGCACUGAAGCUGAAGGGCAGUACACGGACGAAGAUACCAAGCCACAGAGCAAGGGCAAGGGCAAGAAGGGCUCGACUGGCAAGGGUGCUCAGAACGGCAAGCGCAAGACAGAAGAGACACCCAGCAAAGCGAACAAGAGGCAGCGUGCCAACACCGAGCCGGAGGAAGACGACGACGACAUGGAUGACGGCCAAGAACAAGACACCCACCCCGACGGCAAGAAGAUGACCGACGAGGAGAAGCGGAAGAACUUCUUGGAGCGCAACCGCGUCGCCGCCCUGAAAUGCCGCCAGCGCAAGAAGCAAUGGCUCGCCAAUCUCCAGCAAAAAGUCGAAAUCUUCUCCACCGAAAACGACGCCCUCGCCGCCACCGUCACGCAGCUGCGCGAGGAAAUCGUCGGGCUCAAGACGCUGCUGCUGGCGCACAAGGACUGCCCGGUCUCGCAAGCGCAGGGGAUUUCUAGCAGCAUGAUCCAGCAGAUUGCGGGGGACAAUGGACAAUACGCGAAUCCGUACGGGAUGGCUAUGGGGCCCGGUGGACCGGGACAGGGCCAGAUGCAGGGGGGAAUGGGGAGGAGGUGA